CGUUAUAAAACUUUAACCGUCCCGCGGUCUUGCAGGAACCUGUCGCUCUCUGGUGGUUUGCUCCUCCUGCUGGCCGACGGCUGCACUGAGGUUCGCGGCGUGUUCGCUGGCGUACCGUCUCUCAGGGGGCAGAAUUCUCAUAAGCACCUCCUCCAGCUGGGGGGGCGUGUCCUCCUCGUGCUGAUGUUCAUGACGCUGCUACACUUUGACCUCUCCUUCUUCACUGUUCUGCAGAACCUGGUGGGCACGGCGCUGAUGGUCCUGGUCACCGUCGGGUUCAAGACGAAGCUGGCGGCGCUCACGCUGGUCGUCUGGCUGCUCUGCAUCAACUUCACCUUCAACGCCUUCUGGACGGUGCCGGCGUUCAAACGCAUGCACGACUUCCUGAAGUAUGACUUCUUCCAGACCACAUCAGUGAUCAGGGGCCUGCUGGUGGUGGUGACAGCGCUCGGCCCGGGCGGCGUCUCCGUGGACGAAAAGAAGAAAGAGUGGUGACGCGAAAAAGAAAAAA